GCGCAGUUGCGCAACUUUUGGCCGGCGGCUGAACACGUUGUGUUUCCCUUUUCACGUCCCCUUGAAUUUACGAGAGCAGAAGCCGUUCAAGAUGGAUGUUGUUCAAUUUCUGGAGCCUCAAAUUCUAUUAUUGAGUGAUUAAAGGCUUCUAAGAUGUCAACGGACGAUUUCGACUACGACGAUUUGUUUUGCGAUGAGGACGAAGGCGAAAUAGUUGACUGGCAAUUGCCACUAUGUUUCAUGAAAAAACGCCACAAAGAGGUGAUCGAAGGAUCGAGACCACUGGCUCAGACAUGGCGUAUGAAAGAACGAAUGAAGACCGUGAGCGUGGCUCUCGUCUUAUGCUUGAACAUUGGUGUCGACCCUCCUGAUGUGGUUAAAACCUCACCAUGUGCACGGAUGGAGUGCUGGAUUGAUCCUCUUUCAAUGGGUCCACAAAAAGCUUUAGAAACUGUUGGCAACAAACUUCAGGAACAGUAUGAACGCUGGCAGCCAAGGGCACGCUAUAAGCAGAGUCUUGACCCCACAGUUGAGGAGGUGAAGAAACUUUGUACCUCACUGCGUCGAAAUGCCAAGGAGGAGAGAGUGCUCUUUCAUUAUAAUGGGCAUGGAGUUCCAAGAGCAACUGCCAAUGGUGAGAUUUGGGUCUUCAACAAAAGCUACACCCAGUACAUUCCACUGUCAGUGUAUGACCUACAAACAUGGAUGGGAAGUCCAUCGAUCUUUGUUUAUGACUGUAACAAUGCUGGACUCAUUGUCCGAUCAUUCAUUCAGUUUGCUGCUCAGCGUGAACAGGAACAGGAGCGUUGCUUGGCCCAGGGUACCCCUAUGCCAGUUCCACUUGCUGUCAAGAACUGUAUCCAGUUGGCGUCAUGUGAUGCAAACCAGCUGUUACCAAUGAACCCAGACCUACCUGCCGACCUCUUUACUUCCUGCCUGAGCACACCUAUCAAGGUGGCCUUACGAUGGUUUUGUAGCCAGAAAAGUAGCAAGCUUGUUCCUGGUGUUACUCUGGAACUUAUAGAAAAGAUUCCUGGUCGACUUAAUGACAGAAGAACACCGUUAGGAGAGCUGAACUGGAUUUUUACUGCUGUAACUGACACCAUUGCUUGGAACAUGUUGCCGAGAGAGCUCUUCCACAAGCUGUUCAGGCAGGAUCUGCUAGUCGCAAGCUUGUUCAGGAAUUUCCUUCUCGCAGAGAGAGUGAUGAGAUCUUACAACUGUACACCUGUGUCAAGUCCCAGACUUCCUCCUACCUACAUGCAUCCGAUGUGGCAAGCGUGGGAUUUAGCUGUUGAUAUUUGUCUGUCCCAGUUGCCAGAUGUGAUUGAAAACCCAGGAAGUUUUAAGCAUAGUCCAUUCUUCGCAGAGCAAUUGACAGCAUUCCAGGUAUGGCUGGCCAUGGGUGCAGAAGACCGCGACCCUCCUGAACAGCUGCCAAUAGUUCUACAGGUUCUUUUGAGUCAAGUGCACAGACUCCGAGCCCUGGAUCUGCUCGGCAGAUUCUUGGAUUUAGGACCCUGGGCUGUCAAUUUGGCUUUGUCUGUUGGCAUCUUUCCAUAUGUGCUCAAACUUCUUCAGAGUUCAGCUAGGGAGUUAAGACCUCUUUUGGUGUUCAUCUGGGCAAAGAUACUAGCUGUUGAUAGUAAUUGCCAAGCAGACCUGGUUAAAGACAAUGGUCAUAAAUAUUUCUUAUCUGUAUUGGCAGAUGCAUACAUGCGGGCUGAGCAGCGUACAAUGGCAGCAUUUGUGUUGUCAAUCAUUGUGAAUGAAUAUCCAAUUGGUCAAGAAGCUUGUGUUCAAGGCAACCUGAUUGCCAUCUGUCUGGAGCAGUUGACAGAUCCUUACCCUCCAUUGCGGCAGUGGCUGGCUAUAUGUCUUGGCAGGGUGUGGUUCAAUUACGAGGCUGCCAGGUGGUGUGCUGUGAGGGACAGUGCACCAGACAAACUGUACUGUCUGUUGUCUGAUCCAUUGCCAGAGGUUCGUGCUGCAGCAGUGUUUGCUUUAGGAAGAUUUAUAGCCAACACUGGAGAUAGAUCUGACCAAGCAAAUCAGAUUGAUUUUGGAGUGGCAAUGACAUUGACACAGUUGUCUCAGGAUGGAAGUCCGCUUGUUAGAAAGGAACUGGUAGUUGGUCUCCAUGGCCUAGUGAUGCAGUUUGAAACCAACUUUGGUGUAGUGGCACUUCAAUUCCUUGAAGAGGAUCGCCAAAGAGAAAAUGCACCCCCUGCAGCAGCAAUCACACCCAGUGGCUGGAUUGUCGUAGGUUCCGGCCCAUCAUCAAGUGUGGAAGGUGUAACAAACGCAAUCCCUGGAAGUGAGAGGAAGAGUUCUAGGGGACUGCGUGCAAGCUUUUCAACAUCUCAUCUCAGCAACUUUGCAACCAAUCCACCUGUUGUCAGUGGUCAACACAUUGCGCCUGCUCUUAUGACAUACAGUAGUAGUAGUGGAAGCUCUGGUAGUAAUGAACUUGUCUCAAGCAUCAAAGAUCUGCGGCGGUCUGCCUCCCAGAAUUCACUUUCUUCCAGUUUCCAGUCCAAUGUGUAUGCCAACGUUUGGAAGGCUCUGCUCAAUCUGUCCGUCGAUCCUUUUGUGGGUGUUGCUGAAAUCGCCAAAAAGAUAGUCAAUGGCAUAACAUUAAAGGCCACUAUUGCGGCUUGUCCCCAGAGGAUCUCCUCGUCAGCUUCCAACCUUUCCACAUCAGCUCCAUCGUCACCCGGGAGAUUCUCAAUGCCUUACCACGCAGGCUCAGACCCUGGCAUGUCGCCUCCCCGUCACGGCAGUUCUAAUGAGACGCCUCGUUCAAUAAAAGGUGAUUCGACUCAGGCUAAAGCGCCCACCCCUGGUCCCCUAGGGGCAGUAUUUCCUCACUCGUACGAGUUCCAUACGAAACGAAAAAUGUUUGACAAAGGUCCAGAGCACAACAAACAGCCAAGCAGCGCGAGCGAAGACAACGACCAAGAUUCUGACGAAGACGCAGGCUCUUCUAAACCUCCCAUGAUCAGCACUAACUUUGCCGAGUGGUGUGCCAGUUAUUUUGCUCAGUCUGUGAUGAAGCCUCCUGAGGAACAUGAUCCUCAAAGUCAGCUGCAUCUUGAAAGAGAGUGGAGAUUUGAAAGGAACACACAAGUACGGCGAGAGGCGGCCAAGCAACAAGCUAAAACAGGCAAAGUCGACGACCAGAUAUUUAUCAACAAAAACAUCAGUGCUCCGGGCGUGUUGAGAUUUCAUCCUUACGAGCCUCACCUAGCAGUUGCUGACAGGGGUGGUGUGAGUAUCUGGAACUGGGAGGACGGGGUUCGAAUGAACUACAUCGUCAACAAUAACCCCAAAGUGUCUCGCAUCACAAGCAUGAGCUUCCUUAAUGCGCACGACCUGACACUUUUAUUAACAGGAACCGAUGAUGGUUCAGUUCGUGUGUGGAGGAAUCUUGAGGGCGAGACGUACAGUGACAAGAGUUUGGAAAUGGUGACAGCCUGGCAAGCGCUGUCUGGAAUGCUUCCGUCCACUCGAGGAAGUGGUUCGGGUUUAGUCGUAUGCUGGGAACAGGAGACGGGCAUUUUGUUAGCAUCUGGUGACGUCAGAUUCAUUCGAGUCUGGGACACACAGAGAGAGAUGAGAAUGCAGGACAUCCCGACAGGUGCUGACAGUUGCGUGACCAGUUUAGCGUGUGACUCAGUGGGCAGGUCGUUAUUGAUAGCAGGAUGUGGAGACGGCUCUGUCAGACUGUUUGAUAGAAGAUUGCCGCCGAGUGACAGCCGAGUGAUGGCGCUCCGAGAGCAUGCUGGAUGGGUGACGGGCGUCUUUCUUCCGAAGGGUGGGGACGGUAACAUCAUCAGUGGCAGUGUUGCCGGAGACGUCAAAUUCUGGGAUCCUCGUUUCACGGAAUCCGUGCGGACCCUGGAAACUAUCGGGAACUCGGCUGCAUUCGAGGUUCAUCAUCAAGCCAAAGUGUUUGCCACUGGUUCUGCGAGCCAGAUGAUCAAAGUGUACAACUUAGACGGCGGAAAUCUGAGCACCAUACGAUAUCACGACGGUUUUAUGGGCCAGCGGAUUGGGCCCAUCAGUUGUCUUGAAUUUCACCCCCACAGGGUUCAUUUGGCUGCAGGCAGCACGGAUUCUUUUAUAUCGAUCUACUCUACUGAGAAGAAGCGGUAGAAAAGAAUUAAUUUACGUUAAGCAUUAAUGUAGAUAACAAUCUACGAGUUAACGUGAUCUUAAAAUAUAAAUACAUGUGCAUAAGACAUCGAAACUAUCCAAUUCGUUUGAAAA